AUGACAGCUCAAAAAGUCACACAGGGUGUCGCGGCGUGUUUUUCAGUGAAGAUGCUGGGAGUGAAAUCUCUGGAAUUGAUCAAAGAUCUGAACAGGAACCCGGACAGCAUCCCUCUGUUCAAGGAUGACACCAUUCGGGAGGUGCUGGUGGAGACUCAAGAGAUCUUCGAUGCGAAUUCACGCGAUGCGCGGAUUUGCUCCUCCACCAACAACCAUCAACUCCUGCCCAUUCUCAGCUUCCGGCAUGCCGCUCUGGAGCGCAAUAAGCGCUGCCUCUUGGCAUAUCUCUACAAUCGCUUGGAGCGCAUCCGGAACAUCCGCUGGGAGACGGGCCCCACCAUUCCCGAGCACGUGAAAUCCAGUCUGUGUGAGCCUGAGAUUCAGUGGUUCAACAGCUACAACAAACUCCUGGCCAAGUACAUGAAAUCCAUCGGGGACGGCCAGGGAAUUGAUCUCACGUGCGAUUUGGAGCCUCCAAAGUCCCUCUUCGUCGAAGUGCGCUGCCUCGAGGACUACGGGAAGUUUGAGCUGGAGGACGGCGAGGUGGUCUUUCUGAAGCGCAACAGUCAGCACUAUCUGCCAAGGGUGCAAAUCGAACCCCUGAUCAAGCAGGGAAUCCUCCAGAAAAUAAAUUAAUUUGUCCUUUUCAAACU